UGGUAUUAAAAAAAAGGUGGUACCAGAGUUAGGCUUGCAACUUUCAAAAAGAUGAUUAUACAAUCAAAUCCUUUAUUAUGUAUGACCUUUCCGGAACAUCGAAUUGUGUGUAAUGCCAACUCCUAUGUUGAAUAAGACAUGCACAAGAUUUUAAUGGUGAUUAUUAUAGAUAGACUACGCAAUAGCUAAUCUAUUAAAAAAAUAUCUAUAUCUUACAGCAAACUAGUAUGCAUAUCGCUGGUCGGCAGCAGCAAGGAGUGGAGCGUUUCCAUGCCCGAUACCGAGGAGAUCCUGUGCGUCACGGCGGGCAGCGACGUCGUCGCGUGUGCGACUAACGCGAGGUUGCUGCGGCUGUUCACGCCAAUGGGCACGCAGAGACAGGUCUGAUGAUGCUUCGACUUCAAGGGUAAAAACGAAUAAAACCACAGAUUGUAUACGAGGAACACCGCCAAAAUAUGGCUACAGCAACAUAGAAAUGACUCCACGAAAAAAAAAACUUGUAAAAAAGUUGCAGCGAACACAGUGUUUGUUAUCAUCACUCUCAAAAACAUCCGUCGAUUUGGACAAAUUAGAUUCCGAUUUUAUGAAAAAUGUUGUAUCAGACUCUCUGAAAAAUCAAGCCCGGAAACAAGCAAACCGGAAUAGCGGAGGCAAGCGAUGGAAUUUAAUUAACAAAAUUUCUGCUUUACAAAUUUUUAAGAGGUCACCCAAGACAUACCGUUUUCUGCAGCAUAUAAUGCCUUUGCCCAGUGUUCGAACAAUUCAACGCUUACUUAAAGCCGGGUCUAUGAAAUUUGUAGGUAAAGUGGCUAAGUGGCAACACUUACGUGACGCAGAAGCCAUAAAUACUGGAAUGUUGUACUUUCAUAAAGUAUCUUCUGUAAUGCUAGAUCCAAAACAAAAACAUAAAAUGAAAGUGAAAUAUGCCGCUCAAACUCUAAGUAAUACUUUCGCAGCUAUUCUAAAGAUGAUUGCAGAAAAAUAUGAAGACACAGAGUACGGAAAAGAAGUGGCACAAACAUCCGAGGUAGUACGGGACCUUAAUAAUUUAUUUGAUUCUACUAAUGGCCCAUCAAACCCAAAAGAUGUAAUAAAGGGACAAAGACAAAAUGUGUCUCGUAAAACCAAUCACAUAGAAAUCUGGAAUAGUUUUUUGAAACAGCUGAAGUCAAUGGAGUUCAUGAAAUCAGAUAGCAGGUUAAGAUUAAAAAGACUCAGAUGCGUGGAAGGUUAUAUUGUAACCAUAAAUUCGCUUAAAGAUAUCUGGUGUUAUUGUAAGAAUCAAGGAUUUAACUAUUUGAAUUUACGCUCACUGAAUCAAGACGCUCUUGAAAACCUAUUCGGACUUAUACGACAGAAUAGCCCUACAAAUCGAAAUCCUACCUGCACACAUUUUGUAAGUGCAUUGAAAUCAAUUCAUAUUUCUGGAAUGAAUGCACCACAUAACCGAGGAUCUAAUUGCGAAGAAGAUUUGAACAAGUUAUUGCUUGUCAAUCCAUUAUGCCAACAUGAUGUUGAUGGUGAUGAGAAACUCACAUCAAUGACUACCAAUGAAGAAGAAGAAUAUCCUGUUUUAAUGAUACCUGAAAAUGAAUUAGAGGAGCAAAUUGAAACAGAUUUAACAGACAUAGAAAAUCAACCUAUUGUAUAUUUAAGCGGUUACAUAGCUUAUAGACUGUUGAAGAACGUAAGCUGUCAAAUGUGUUCUAAUUUGCUGAAACUGGAAGAUGUUACAGAUCACCCAAUGUAUAAAUUUAUAAGCUUGCGGGAGUGGUGGCAAGAAAAGAAAUCAUUAACGUACCCAUCUAUCCAGCUGUGUCGUACAAUUGAGGAAGCGAAAAAUUAUUUUGAAAAAUAUAGUCAUUUAUUAUAUGAAGAAAAUGUCGGGCAAAUGUUUUGCACACUUUUUGCGGCAAACAUUAACAUAACCUGGUGGACAUGUAAGGAACAUGAGGAUUUCAUGAAAAAACAAUUAUUUUGGCUUGUGACCAAAAUCUUAAUUAGAAGACAGUGCCAAAUAUUAAAUUCGGAUAUUAUUAAAACAGAAGAAAUUUCUGCGAACGCUGCAAAGAUAGCUCAACUAAGAAGCGCUGCAAAAUAAUAUAUGUAAU